UAAAAAACCACAAAAUGAAAACCCACUCCAAACCCUAAUCUACGCGCAAUCCCAGAGUUAAUCAGCAUCCGAAUUCGGUAGGGCGGAAGAAGCCAUGGAUGCGCUGAGGAAGCAGCUCGAUGUUCUGAUGGGGGCAAAUCGGAACGGCGACGCCGAGGAGGUGACUCGGAAGUACUUCGAUCGCGACGUCUGCCGCCUCUUCCUUGCCGGCCUCUGUCCUCACGAACUUUUUCAGCUCACCAAAAUGGAUAAGGGACCAUGCCCCAAGGUGCACUCAUUGCCGUUGAGGAAAGAAUAUGAAGAGGCUAGGGCAAAGGGUCUUGACAAUUACGACAGAGAUUUGGAGGAUAACAUUGACAGACUUAUUGUUGAGUGUGAUCGAAAGAUUGCAAGGGCAUUGAAGAGACUUGAUGAAGAGGAUGCUAAGGCAGCUAUUGCAAUCUCUGUAUCAGAAGUUACCCUGACACCAGAGAUUAUUGAGCUGUCUAAGCAAAUUAAAGAAAAAAUGAAAGAAGCUGAUCAAUCUGACCUCGAAGGAAAAAUGGACAUGAAGAUUCGAGCCCUGGAAGUGGUUGAUGAACUAAGAAUUAAAAGAGCAGAUAUGCAGGCAAUGCUUCUUUUGGAUGCUUUCAACAAGGAUCGUGCAUCUCUUCCUCAGCCCCUGGUAAAUGCUUCUCAAGUUACUCCAGCUGCUGUGCCAGACCCGCACAUACAAGAAAUGAUAAAUGAGAAGCUCAAGAAAGCAGAAGAUCUUGGUGAACAAGGAAUGGUCGAUGAAGCACAGAAAGCAUUGGAGGAGGCUGAAGCACUGAAGAAGCUGCCAGCCAGACAUGAACCUGUGAUAGAUUCAUCUAAGUACACGGCUGCUGAUGUUCGCAUUACUGAUCAAAAACUUCGGGUCUGUGACAUUUGUGGAGCAUUCUUGAGUGUUUAUGACAGUGAUCGCCGAUUAGCAGAUCAUUUUGGUGGAAAGCUCCACUUAGGCUAUAUGCUAAUUCGAGAAAAGUUAGCUGAGCUUCAGGAAGGGAGGGACAAGAAACGCAAGGCCAAUGAAGAAGAGAGGAGGGUAAGAGAUGAGAGAAGUCGCGACCAUGAUAGGGACACGGGCAAGGACCAUGAUAGAGGCAGUAGCCACGAACGUGGGAGGGAUUAUGACCGCCGGGGCAGAGAUCGCAACAGGCAUUAUGACCGUGACUAUGAUCGAUCGCAUGAAAGAGAGAGAGACCAUUCUCGCAACUACGACUCAAGAAGUAACCUUAGACCUCGGUCCCGGUCAAGAGAACACACCCGGAAAUAUGAUCGACACAGGCGACACGACCGCAGUUAGAUGGGGUCACCGAUGCAGAUUAUAAGGGAAGAAGGGUAUGAAGUUUAAGUUUGUACCUGCUACUACCGGUAUGCCCGAAUAUUAUUUUAUUUUAUUUUAUUUUUAUCUGGUCUGGUAGUUAUGGUUAUUAUUACCAGUUUGGGACUGAUUGUGUUAUACCUAGCAAAAUAUUUUGCAACUGCCUGUGCUAUUAUUGGGUGAAUUUUACUCCAAUUUGGUAGUUUUGGAUGUUCUCGGUAAAAUGUUGUCUGGUCUGGUCUUUGUGAAAAACACUGCGCAUUUUCAUUGAUCAGCUUAUUUCUUUUCA